GGCCCGGGCCGGCUAGGAAGUUCGUCCCCGCGGCCCCUCAACAUGGGCUGUCCCACGCGGGUGGUGCUGCUGUGCGUGUGCGUGUCUUUGCUGGGCGGCCUGACGUUCGGGUACGAGCUGGCGGUCAUCUCGGGCGCCCUGCUGCCCCUCACGCUGGAGUGGGGACUGAGCUGCUGGGGACGGGAAGUGGUGGUGGGCAGCCUGCUCCUCGGGGCCUUCCUGGCCUCCCUGGCGGGGGGCUUCCUCAUCGACGGCUGCGGCAGGAAGCAGGCUAUCCUCGGGAGCAACGUGGUGCUGCUGGCGGGCAGCCUGGGCCUGGGCCUGGCUGGCUCCCUGGCCUGGCUCAUCCUGGGCCGACUGGCGGUGGGCUUUGCCAUCUCCGUGUCGUCCAUGGCCUGCUGCAUCUACGUGUCGGAGCUGGUGGGGCCGCGGCAGCGGGGUGUGCUGGUGGCCCUGUACGAAGCUGGCAUCACCGGGGGCAUCUUGUUGUCCUACGCCCUCAGCUACGCCCUGGCGGGGGCGCCCGGGGGCUGGAGACACAUGUUCGGCUGGGCCCUGGUGCCGGCCGGCCUGCAAUCCGUCAGCCUCCUCUUCCUCCCCGCGGGCACGGGGGACUCCACUGCCCUGGGGGACCUGGUCCCGCUGCGUGACGCCGAGCUCACCACGCCGGGCCUGCCACGGCCCCGGUAUUCCUUCGCGGAUCUCUUCAGAGCCAGGGACAAUCUGCGCGGCCGGACGGCGCUGGGCUUGGGGCUGGUGCUUUGCCAGCAGCUCACGGGCCAGCCCAACGUGCUGAGCUACGCCGCCACCGUCUUCCGAGCUGUGGGCUUCCACGGGGGCUCUUCCGCCGUGCUGGCCUCCGUGGGGCUCGGCGUGGCCAAGGUGGCGGCCACCCUGGCCGCCAUGGGCCUGGUGGAACGCGCGGGCCGCCGGGUCCUGCUGCUGGCUGGCUGCGCGCUCAUGGCCCUGGCGGUCAGUGGCAUAGGCCUGGUCAGCUUCGCGGUGCCCGUGGGCCUGGGCCCCAGCUGCCAGGCCGUGCCAAGUGCCACUCAGCAGGCAGCCCUCCCCGGAGGCGCCUCCCUCCCUCCCAAUCUUGGAGCCAGUGGGGACCCAGGGCAGCUGAUCCGGUCACCCACGGAGAUGGCCACACCCCGUCCAGGAGCCAGAGGCGCCACCGCCUCCCCCGAGCCCCCCAGUCCUGCCGGGGAGCACCGCCUGCUGCGCUGGGCCGCGCUGGGCUGCAUGCUGGCCUUUGUGAGCGCCUUCUCCUUGGGGUUUGGGCCAGUGACCUGGCUGCUUCUCAGCGAGAUCUACCCCGCGGAGAUCCGAGGAAGGGCCUUUGCCUUCUGCAACAGCGUCAACUGGGCCACCAACCUCUUUGUCAGCCUCUCCUUCCUCCACCUGCUGGGUGCCCUUGGUGUGUCCUGGACCUUCCUGCUCUACGGGCUGACCGCUGCCCUCGGCCUGGCCUUCAUCUACUUCUUCGUUCCUGAAACAAAAGGCCAGUCACUGGCAGAGAUAGAGCAACAGCUCCAGAACCUUCGGUUCCCCCUGGGCUCUGGCCACGGGCAGAGCUCUGCCAGCAUCCGGUACUGCCGUGUGGAGUUCUCCGAGGCUCCUGAAGGAGGAGAGGCUCCCGGUGCCCAGCUGAGCCAGGAGGGGCAGCAGGAGGCAAACAGCAGGGCGGAGACCUGGCCUGGAGGCCCCACCAGCCCGACCUCAGCUACUCUGCAAGCAACUCUGCCCGGCCAAGCCUCGGUUUCCUCAUCCACAGAACGCGGACAACAGAACCCUCAGAGGGCUGCUGGCGAGAUUCAUUGAGAUACUGAGCGGGAAACCAAUUUCAACACCGUGGAGGGCUGAGCAGCCAUUGAAUGAGAGGGUCCAGGGCUGAGUGUGUCAGUGCAUACCUGUAAUUCCAGUUACUCAGGGCGCAGAGAUAGAGCCUUCCAUUUGAGGAUUGUCACAAAAAAAGAAAAGAAAGAAAGGGAGGAAGUAAUGAAGGAAUGAAAGAAAAGAAAAAGUUAGGGAGACCCUAUCUCCAACAAGCUGAGCAUGGCGGUCAUACCUGUAAGCUCAGCUGCAUAGGAGGUGGAGGUAGGAUUUGAGGCUUGCCUGGCAAAAACUCUAUG